AAUUAAUCUAACGUCCAAUGUAUUAUUAGUGGGCACAAAGAACAAACCUAACGUCCAAUGUAUUAGUGGGCACCAAAAACAAACCCAACGUCCAAUAUAUGAGUGGGCACCAAGAAUGAAUCCAACGUCCAAUGUAUUAGUGGGCACCAAGAACAAACCCAACGUCCAAUAUAUUAGUAGGAACCAAGAAUGA